UAUUGUUUUAUUAUUAGGCGGCUGUUUAAAAUAAAACUAUUAACUAAAAAAAAUCGCGAAUCUACGUGUAUACACAUCACAUAGUUGUAGUACUCUAUAUAGUAUUGUUAUAAUUUCGAUCGUUCCGAUGAUAGUAACGAAUUCAUUAUUACCCGAGUAAUUCGCUCGCUAAACCGUGAACGUCAUUAAAGUUUAUUUAUUUCAUCGAGCAUUUGACGUCGGGAUAUAUACUCGGUGGGCGUAAAUACCCAAUAAAAUAAUACUCACGUGUAAGGGUACCUAUAUGGCUAUAUACAUUUGAGGCACUACACGUCAUAAACAUGUAUUGCGGCACGUCGACGUCGUUUUGAAUCUCAGCACGCGAGGGUGUUGUAUACUUUUUAGCCAUCAUAUUAUAUGUUAUUCAGCCCCGAGAAUUAAUCUGUUUAUUUUUUUUUUUUUAAUCAAAAACACCAUGUCAGCGGAGGACUCGAAAAAAUAUUGUUUCGGUCUCAUCGACUUACGCUGCGGUAUCAGAAUCAUAGCUAUACUGAACAUAUGUGUUUGGAUGUUAGCCAUCAUAUUGAAUAUAUUUUUUUUGAUAGUCGUACUCGGAACAAAGGUUCAUUCAUUUUUCUCAGGUAAUGAAGCCGAAGAAAACACAAACAAUAGAACUCACACUAUAUAUGGUCUAUUAAGUUCAUCAUUUAUGGAAGUUGUUCUUCUUUACUUUAACAUUUGUCUGAAGAAAUCAAUAAAUGAAAAAAAUGUUCAAAAUAUCAAGCAUUGGUUGGUGAUGUAUUUAAUGGUUUUAAUACAUAUACUCAUUUAUUAUAGUUAUGCGGCAUUAGUAUCUAAUCAACCACUGUUCCUCUUGUGUAUUGGACUUAUCUCUAGCCUGAUCGUUUUGUUCAUGCUGUACAUUGUGAGACGUUUUUACUACGAUGAACUCGGACACUUGGCCGCCGACGAUAAUACUACAAAUAGCAAUAUUGUGACUCCACCACAGUCCACAUGAAAAAUACGAUAUCUUACGCAGAUUGACAGUGAAACUGGAUUCCAGAUGCAGUUAGACGCUAUGCAUGCCGCUGUAGAUACACACAAUAACUAAUAAUACUUAUAAUUGCAAAUGUCACACAAUAUUUGUAGCCAAAAAAUCAAAG